UGACCUCAUGUCUUUAUUCCGGAACUGCUCUACCUAUCAGCCACGCCCAUCCACUGUCCAAACUCCUGUGUUCUGGUUCUGGUUUAGUCGACCAGUCCGGACCCUUUCCAGCUGAGCAGAGCUGCUCCCUGACCGAACCGAGCCGAACCCUGAACCCUGAGAGUGCUGAGGAAGAGGAGGAGGGUCCAGAGGUGCGCACUCAGGAGAAGGCCAAGCGCUCCAGGCGUAGCGGGAUCCUCCGUCGCCCUGGAGACCGCUGGAUGCUGCGGGGUCCCCUGGAGUACGUCCCCCCCGCCAGCGUGGAGGUGGUCCUGAAGCAGCGCGCCAUCCCACUGGACGAGAACGAGGGCAUCUACGUCCGAGACAUCAAGACCGGAAAGGUGCGCGCCGUGAUCGGACACACCUACAUGCUGACUCAGGACGAGGAGCUGUGGCAGAAGGAGCUCCCUCCAAACGUGGAGACGCUGCUGACGUCUCGCCUCGACCCGCUGGCCGACCGCUCCACCCGUCAGGCCGGAGAGGCCGGGGGUCCGAGGGACAAGACCCGGGUGGUCAGCUUCAGGGUACCCCACAAUGCUGCUGUGCAGGUCUACGACUACCGAGAGAAGAAGGCCAGGUGUGUCCCCCGUCUCUGUCCGCGUCUCCGUCUCUGUCCCUGAGACGUCCCAGCUGACGGUUCUGUCUCCAGACGGUUCUGUCUCCUGACGGUUCGGUUCUGUCUCCUGACGGUUCUGUCUCCUGACGGUUCUGUCUCCUGACGUUGUUCGGUUCUGUCUCCAGACGGUUCUGUCUCCUGACGGUUCUGUCUCCUGACGGUUCUGUCUCCUGACGUUG